UGUGUGCGUUUACAAAGCAAUUGGGCGGGAAGAGCCGCAGGUCCACCGGAGGCGUUUCUACCGAGAAAAAAAAGCGAAGCAGCUGUCAUGUGGAACCAAGUUUUAGCCCUUCAUUCGACACCCCCUCACCGUCCUUCUCUCUCCUCCCCCCGCUGCCGUCACACAAAACGCGUGCACUUUUGUUUUGAUGAUCACUUCCAAUUGAGAGAGAAGGGUGUGUGUGGGUGGGUGCUGCAAACUCACGGCGCCAGGCAGCUCCAGUCCCAGGGAUCGAGCUGGGAGCCCCACAGCUCACCAUCAUGUGCGAUGAAAACAGAGCCAUUAGCUCAGUGCCUUUAAACAUCAGCUCGGUCCCCAACCCCCUGAACUGCUGAGGGGGGUUGUGGAUUUUGCUUGAUUUUGUUUUAAAAAUUUGUUGCCGUGGGACAUGGAGAGAUCGGAGGCUUGCGAUCCCUACAGGUGCCCAGCCCGGCGGACCCAGUGGAUCGUCAGCGCGCUGGCUUACCACUACGGGCUGGACCGGGGCGUGGAGAAUGAGAUCAUCGUGCUGGCCACAGGGCUGGACCAGUACCUGCAGGAGAUCUUCCACCACCUGGACUGCCAGGGCGAGGGCAGGAUCCCCGGCGAGGACUUCCAGACCCUGUGCGAAAUCCUGGGGCUGGACGAGAGCUCGGAUUCGGAGGACGGCGCGGGGAUUUUGGAGCAGGUGCCACGGGAGCUCAGCUUCAGGCAGUUCCAUGCCAAGCUGUGCGGUCACUUCAGCACCAGGGCCGGCUGCCAGUACGAGACAGGCCGGCUGCUGGUCGCCGAGGAGAGCCAGCACAUCGAGACCCAGAUCCGGCUGAGGAGCCCGCUCAGGCGCAGGAAGAAAGCGGCUGGCAUCGACCGACCGCCCGAGGAGCAAAAGAUCAAGAAAAGCCCGGGGUCAUCUCCAGGGCAGCGUAGGGGCUUCUCCUGGAAGCAGCACGGUCCCUGCAGCCAGGAAUGCUACGAGGACAUCGUCGCCCUGGAAGAAGCGGAGGACAAGAUCGCGAAGCUCGAGCUGGAGAACGAAAGCCUCCGGGAGCUGGUGGAGGACAUGAGGGCCGCCCUGCAGAGCAGCGAUGCCCGCUCGCUGGCCCUCCAGGUCGGCCUGUGGAAGAGUCACGCCGGCCACGCGUCCCAGCACUGCUUCCUGGCCUGGAGCAGGGCGGCCGCCGACCGGAACCUCCGCGGCGCCGCCAGCCAGCAGCACAAGGGCCUGCGGAGUGUCCUCAAGGAGAUCGAGCUGAUCCGCAGCUCCAGGGACGGCCAGAUCGAAGAGGCGAUCCGCUUCAACCAGGAGAUGGAGAAGGAGCUGGGCAGGUCGCAGGAGGCUCUGUUGAAGCUGGAGGAGUGCAACAGGAACCUGAGGAAGGAGCAGCUGCAGAUGAGGAAAAGGGUCGAACAGGCGCGCCAAGCCUUGUUGGGGAGCCUCGAAAAAGUGAAAGAUCUGGAGACGAGAGCGAAACAAGUUCCAUUGUUACAGAGGGGUGUAGCACAGUUGGAGUCAGAACUGCAAUAUUACAGAUCAGAGGUCCGAAAGCUUCAAUCCCUGCAGCCAAAUGCUUCAGAACGGAAGCCCCCUCUUGCAUUGUAUGAGUGGAAGGCGUGUCCACCUGUGCACCAGGAGCAACGAUCCCCAACAGGUGAUACAGAAACACCAACUUACAAUGUUGAAGAGCAGAUGUUUCGUUCAGUAGAGGGACAGGCAGCCUCAGAUGAAGAAGAUGAGAAGUGGACUGAAGAUCAGAAGAGUCAGGUGAAGGAAUUGAAGAAACUUCUGACCAGACUUUGUUGCUGUGGAAAUGGUUGUGAUGAUAAGACUAUUAAGAAGCUACUGUCAGAAUUUGGGAACUUAAGGAGUGAUGAAAGCAAUAGCGCAACUCUAGAACUGGUUGAGAAAGUGGCAAAAUUAAAGGAGCAACUGGAAUUAAAGGAAUAUAAAACGCAGCAAAUGGAAACCAGCAUGGAUCAGCUGAAAGGGUCCUUACUGUGUGAAUUACAGCGGAAAGUAGAUGAGACAGAGUUGCUUCAGAUGGAGCUGCAGAUGUUAGAGACAGAGAGAGUGCGACUGUCACUAAUUGAAGAAAAGCUGAUGGAUGUAUUACAGCUCCUCCAGCAGCUACGUGACCUUAAUGUGUCUAGGAGAUCACUAGGAAAAAUCUUGCUCAGCACUUUGGAGUCCUGCAGUAACCCUCAACAUGGAAAGGCUCAUAUCCUGGAGGUUUUGAAUGCCCUGUAUCGUGAACUUGCUGCCUGCGAGCUUCUAUCUGGAAAGUCUUUGGAAAAUACACAGAGUCAUCAAUCCCUUGUGAAUCCACUGCUUAUAUCAUGCUGAUGACUUGCAGACUGGCUUUUCCUUGUUAAUCAUCAAGCACUUCAAACAUUUCCUAUAUAUCUACAGUUCCUGUACUCUGAGCAAACUUACUAAAAUGACAUGUGGUGCCUUAUUUAACACAACGUUAAACUUGUCACCUAAAUUAAGUUGCUUCAGUAGACAAACUCUAUAUGGUGUUUGUCCCUAAUUGUUAAUCUUUAGUAUUUGAAGAUGCAAGUGCUCAAGCUUUAUUCAUGAAAUUGCAUUUGACAAAUGCAAUGGUUCAACAGAAACAGUAGUGUCUUUCAAUACUAUUACAUGAACCACAGAAGUAUUAAAAUAAGGAAGUCCUCAAUGCUGGUUAGAAUUUAUAAUAAAACAUGUCGCAUUAGAUUAAAUGGAUCAGGCUAUGUGACAAAAGUAAGUUCAGUAAAAUUAAUUAUCGAUAGAAAAGCAGCUGUGAAAUGAAACAUUGCAGCCAUUAUGGCAUGUAUCAGUCAAAACUGAGGACAACAUAUGCUGAUAGUCCAAUUGUUAUUAUUACAACAUUGUAUAUAAAUAUAUAUAUUUAUUCCUAUGCCACAUUAUGCAAGGAAACAUAUCUGGUAAAUUUGAAGAAUGGCAUAGCUCUGAUUUAGUAAUAUUACAAGUUAUUCAGAUGCUUUUAAGUAACUGCAACUAACAUUUGCAGUUUGUAAGCAGAAAAAAAGCAAACUGCAAACCACAAAGAUAAUUUUGAUUCCAGCAGGUAUUUCCAUUGUUCCUGGUAGCCAACAAAGGUUAAAUUAAUUGACACUGCAUCAGUAUGAUGUGAUCCCUGGAGCUGAAAUCAUGCAACAAAUUUGUACUGCACGGUUGUUCCUGAUACUUCUCUGUGCUUGCUGUGAAUUUGUCAAAAACAUUAAGGGGGCUUUGUGCCUGAUGGUGUGAAAAGCUAAGCAUCAAGGCACAACCACAACUUCUGCCUCCAAACAAUGCAGCUAAUGGCAGCUUGCCUUCACAGUUUUAUUUUGGCAACAAACAGUGACAGAGACUGGCUCCUGAGUGACUGCACAGACUGUCUGAAGCUAAAGCUUGUGUGUGCUUGGUCCUACUCAUGGUUUAAUUCCCCAAAUGAACUAGUGAACGGCGCAUCUGAUUGCUUACAAAGAUAUGUUCAGACAUUUGCAAAGCAUAACAUUUGUAGUCAAAAUUACCUAACACUUAGUUGGCUUGUCCUGAACUUAGGCCAGUAUAUCCCAUGGUCUACCUUCAGGAGUAAGGUUGAAAGCUGUAUAUUAAAGGAUUUGUACUAACAAAGAGGAAGUCUGAGAUAGAAAGCCCUUGGUUGAAAACAUAGACAAGACUUAAGAAUGUUGAAAGAAGUAGUUUAUAUGUGCAAAGUGGCAGUUGGUUUGUGUACAGUACCAAUCAAACCUCAAGAUACAUUUCCAAAAUGAAGCUUGUGUUUUAUUUUAACAAUGGAGAAAGUGGACAGAUGCAAACGUAUUGCCAACUGCAUUAUCUGCCUUUCACUUUGAGAGUGAGACAAAACCUAUCCAGGCCUUUAUUUUAUAUCUGUGUGACUUUUGAAAUAAAUGCAACAGCUUUUGUUUUUUGCUGACUUGUUGGAUCAUUGUUUGCAUGGGUACUGUCAGUUUGAAUUAACCUUUGUCACGUGCACUCCAAUGAGUGCAGUGAAAAGUUUGUAAUGUCACCUCUUAGCGCGAUCUUAGUUUCAGGGUACAUAGGCUGAGGAUCCUUAAGUAUGUGUUACAGACUUGAGAGAUUCACAAAUAAAAGUUCAGCAUAAGAAUAAAGGAAAAGAAGCUUUCCUUUGAAACGUACUUGUCUUUCAGCAAACUUUGUGCCAGCUUUCAGACAGCCAGGCCAAGUGAUACUGGGCAUCCAUCCUGGAGGCCUCAGUUGCAGUCCCUAAGGGACUUGCCACCUCCCACACCGGCCCAUCCUGGGCCUCACCUCUGGGACUCACCUGGACUUGCUACUGCCACACCAGCCUGUCUUGGGCCUUGCAUGCGGGACUCAUUGGACUCUCUGCCGACCCUCUUCGUUCUGUGGCAAGAGCCAAACCCAGUCUCCAUAGAAAACAGAAGAUAAUAGAUAUAUGGUAGACACAUUAGAGAUCCCCAAUAUCACUUCCACAACAAUAGAAUAAAUUGAUUUAUUUUCUAUGCAUUAACUUCAGGGAAUUUCAUGCAAGACACUGCAGUAUGUCAUAUUGACUACACUUAACAAGGUAACUGUGAAAAAUUAGCAUGCUACCAAUAGCAUUGUUUGCUUGUAACCCUUUUCACUUCCUAACUCCCUCCCUAUGUUUUCCUUCCUUUAAAUGUUUUAUUAACAGUCACAUUUUACUUUUUACUGUUUGCUCUCUGAGGAAGAAAGAUGCUAAAACUUAAUAACUAGAUAGAAUAUGGCCAUUAGUUUGCCUAUUUUACAGCCAAAAAAUGGAUGAACAGAGGGCCAAAAUCAGGGACCAAUUUCCUGUGCUCCAAAGAGACUUCUAAAUAAUUUUUGGUUCUGCCAUUUUUCAGGUGUACAGGCCAGCUACCUAAAACCAACAUUAGGCUUCAUACCAAUGCUAAUAAGGAUAUUAGAACAAGGACCCUUCCAAGAUAUUGAGUUGCCGUUGGCUCAGUAAUCUUUUAGGUAUGUUGUUGAACCAACAGAAGCAAGAGUACUUCACAGCACUACCGAGAUAUGCUGCUAGCUCUCUUUCAUCCCCCUCCUAUUGUUCAAUCACAGGAACAUAAUGUAUAUGCAGGAGUAGAACAUAUUGCCUGUCAACCUUCUUCUGCCAUUAAAUAUGAUCAUGGCUGAUCUUUAAAUUGAACUUCCCACCACACUCCUGUGACUUACCUGAGAGACACUACCUGCGAGGCAUGUGGCCUUAAAUUGAUCCAUUGAUAAUGGGCGAGUUUCCUCUCAAGUACAACAUAUAUCAUAACUCCCAAUAACAAUGUUAAUAUGAUCUGAAACCCAAUAUCAGGCUGACCUCCAGGCUUCUCGUUUGCAGUGGAUGCUCCAUGAACAUUUGGUCAGUAAGCAGACCAAAGAAGAAAUUCACUUUCUUCACCCUAACCCUAGUAAUGACUCCUUUUUGAUGUCAAUAUAGGCUGCAUUUUACUGGUGGAGAAAAACUGAACUUGCUGGAAAUUUUCAACACAUAGGCAGCAUCUGUGGCAUAAUUGGUACAUUAUGUCUGACUUGGAGAAAAGUGUGUCAUACACAUCAGCAGGUCAAAUGUUAAGCAUAUGUAUACCAUACACAGAAAAGUUAUGAAAAUUAUCUGAGCAUUUUAGUGUAUGAAGCACUCAUAGUUCAUGUUCAAUGCCUAGAGCUAUAGCUAAAGUGAACCGUGUUCUAGAAUAUAUCAUUACAGGACGUGGGUCAGCAUGAUGAUUCGGGGAUUAACACUGCUGUCUCACAGUGCCAGGAACCCAGGUCGAAUUCCACCCUCAGGUGACAUCUGUGUGCAGUUUGCCUGGUGUGGGUAUCCUCCAGGCACUCUGGUUUCCUCCCAGGGUCCAAAGAUGUGCAGGUUAUAUGUGGUUUGGCUGUGCUAAGUUGCCCGUAGCAUCCAAGGAUUUGCAGAUUAGGUGGAUUAGCCAGGGAAAUGCAGGGCUACAGGGAUAGGGGGGGAUGAGUCUGGGUGGGAUGCUGGUUGGAGGGUCGAUGUGGACUCAAUGGAAUGAAUGGCCUGCUUUCACACUGUAGGGACUCUAUGACAGUAUGGACCACAAAAUGACUGAGGUUAACUCAACGAACUGGGUCUCUAUAUCUGAGAGAAGGGGUAAAAAAAUUGGGAUUAGGAAAUAUUGCAGACAGACUGCAUUUAUGCCAACUAAUUAUUUAAAUUGUAUAAUUUGGAGAAACCAUAUAAACUAGGAAACUGUUUAAAGCCUAUUUUAAUACCCAACUAUUCUCCCAAACCUUUCGAUUGCCACUGUGAUCAGAUUCAACCAGCCCCUAACCAGACACAACUCAACCAUCCCUGAACACCCCAAUCACUCAUCCAAACUCUUCGCUACUGCCCCAUCCAGAUCUGACCCCGACCCCACCCCCACCCCCAGUAAAACCUAAAGACCAAUUCUAGCUGACUUCCUCCCCUAUUAGACCCAACUACCCCAACUGGACCUAAUAACCCCCAACCAGAUCUGACCAUGCCCAUUCCACCUAAAUACCCCAGCCUGACUAUCCACUUAUUUGCCUAACCACCCUUCUCAUCUCACCCACACCACUUCACCCAGCUAAUCAACGUAACCAAAUACCCAUUCACUCACUCAUCUGCUUACUGACACUCACUAAAGGACUGGACCUUUAAACACUUAGCAGAAUGCAGCAAAUCAUGCUGUAGAAAGGGGUUAUAUCCUCUCUGACAAAGUGGUCACGUAAUUGAUCUAGUGAUCCAGAACUUCAGAUUAAUAUUCUGGGGGCAUGUUUUUGAAUUCCACAAGUGUAGAUGGUGAAAUUUGAAUUUGAUGAAAUUCUGAAAUAACAAGUUGAUCAAUGGUGAUCAUGUAACCAUUGCUGAUUGUUGUAAAAUCACAUCUAGUUCACUAAUGUCCUUUAGAGAAAGAAAUCUGCCAUCCUUACUUGGUCUGACCUACAUGUGAUUCCACAUCUGCAGCAAUGCGUCUGACCCUUAAAUACACUCUGGGCAAUAAAUGCUGGACUAGCUAGUAAUGCCCACAUCCUUGGAUGCUUGGAAGCUCAGACACUUUUUGAUUGAUUUAACUAGUUCCCCGUUCUCAGACAACUCCCUCCUCUCACCAACCACUCUAUAGGCCAACAAAAAUCUUUGUCCUGGUCAUCACAUCAUGAUACUGAGCCAGAAGAUGAGCACUUCUGUUGUUUGAUAUUCCCUACCAGAGAACUAAUUGGCCUAGUGGAGUGGUUUAGAAAAGAAAAACGAUACUUGCUUUUCUCACUGUUCACACUCCUAGGGAACACUGAGCUUUCACCUAUGUUAUCUUAACAUUUCGGCGUGCUUUCUGUGAAUCUAUUUGCUCCUGCAAAUAUUAUGAACCUGCUGAGAUGGAACUGGCUUCUCAUAGCCUCCCCAAAUCUUUGGAUUGCUAAGAGAUAGUCUAACUCAAUUUUGGCAGUCUAGCCCUACAAAUGUAAGCCUUCUGCAGAAACCUAUUUGGAACCUCUCCCGUGCGAAAACCAAGAGGGAAAACAGCCUCUUUGAUAUGCAUACAGGUUGAUCCACUGUUAAUGGGAAUUGGAUUUCAGUUACCUGCACUCUACAGAAGAAUGGACUUCACAGAAACAGAAAGAACCUUAAGUCUCUGAGAAAGUGUGUACCAAAUAUUCAGUUGUUUCCUUAAGGAAUACUUUGCAGUCUGCUUGGCAUGGACCUCUCCAAAUGGUUUUUCAAUCUAUGUAGUUCUUCAUAUCAAAUUGACUGAGUUGCCUUGAUUUCUCAUGAAGCAGGGGAAGGAUUGAAAAUCUUCUUAAAAACUGCUAUUUUUUCCAUUUUGCACUUUAAUGAGAAAAGCCCUCUGAGAUGUUUACAUUCAGGAGGGCAAUAGAUUCCAUUACCAUUUGCUCCAAUUCUUCGGAGAGACUGUGCAAAAUCUCCAUACUUGUUUGAUGCUCUAUUGCCAUCUUUCAUGUCAUGUCAUGAUCUCUCAGCAUAUUACAUAUAGCCAAGGACUGACAGGUUUUAGACCUCUACUCAGCUACAUUGAGUUACGUUUAUACAUCCAUUUAUACAUUUAUAGAUCUUGCAUAUUUUUGGUGUUCUGUUUUCUUAAUAAAUAUCAACUCUCGAGCUGACUGCAGGAAAUGGUUGAAUGAUCAGGUGGGUGGGAGUCUGUUAUGCCAGAACUUAUCAUAAAACUGACAUUGAAGAUUUGAGCAGUUAAUUUUUGAACAUUUUUUUUCAGAAGUGGUUUCAGUAUCAUUAAAUGGGAAGAUUUACGCCAAUUGCUUUCUUGCAAAACAUUGUAAACAUUUGGCACAUGCUUCUGAUGUUACUGGAAAUAAUAAAUAAAAUAACUCCUUAAAA